CUAACUCUCAUUGUCUCCCAUCUCUGCCGCCUACGAACACUCGGCCUCUCCCAGAUCUACACCAACCUCCCAAAAUGACAACCCGCUUCAAGAAGAACCGCAAGAAGCGCGGCCAUGUGAGCGCCGGUCACGGUCGUAUCGGGAAGCACAGGAAGCACCCCGGGGGUCGCGGUAACGCUGGAGGCAUGCACCACCACAGGAUCCUCUUCGACAAGUACCAUCCUGGUUAUUUCGGUAAGGUUGGUAUGAGGUACUUCCACAGGCUCCGUAACAAGUUCCAUUGCCCCAUCGUCAACAUCGACAAGCUCUGGUCUCUUAUCCCGGAGGACGUGAAAGCCAAGGCCACCAAGGAUGCCGCUCCGAUGAUCGACGUGACACAGUUCGGGUACUUUAAAGUCCUCGGAAAAGGUGUUUUGCCGGAGAACCAACCGGUGGUCGUCAAGGCUAAGUUGGUGUCGAAGACCGCUGAGAAGAAAAUUAAGGAGGCUGGUGGUGCUGUUGUGCUCACCGCAUAGGUUAGGGAUCUUGGUUUUAUUGGAUCUGAAUGACAUUUCUGUUAGAUUAUUGUUAUGUUUCGUUUUUUUUUUUGAGUUAAACUUGAAAUGAGAUUUUUAAUAUCGUUUAAUUUUGGAUCAAACUAUAUGUUUUAUGUGAUAAGUUUUUUGCCUUAUGCUUA